AUGCCGGAGCGGAGCGCCGCCGGUCCUAGACCGCCGCCUGGCCCCAUGUCCCUAUGGCGGGGCGCCGCCGUCAUCUCCCUCCUGGCGGCCGUGCUCGCGGCGGAGCCCCGCGGCUGGCUGCUGGCCGACAAGGGGCCCUUCCACCGCGCCAGAGACUUCACCGAGUUCGCCGAGCGCCACCAGCACGGCUUCACCACCAGAUACAAGAUUUACAGGGAGUUCGGCCGAUGGAAAGUGAAUAACCUGGCCGUGGAGAGGCACGAGGACAGUGGUGUCGCCGUGCCUUUUGACCCAGACUUCAUCCACAACAUCAGGCAGCUGGGAAGACGGCCGAGCCUGCAGAGGAUAACGGACAGCAUCAUAAAGAAGUACGGGACACACUUUUUGCUCUCAGCCACUUUGGGAGGGGAGGAGUCCUUGACCAUUUUCGUGGAUAAGAGGAAACUGAGCAGGGGCCAGCCAAGCGGGGGAGCCUCCAACAGCACGGCCUCAGCGCUGACCCUAGAGGCCCUCCAUCAGCUUGCUGCCUCCUACUUUAUCGACAGAGACAGCACACUGCGGAAGCUCCACCACCUCCAGAUCGCCUCCGCAGCCAUUAAGGUAACUGAGACCAGGACUGGCCCACUUGGCUGCAGUAACUAUGACAACCUUGACUCUGUGAGCUCUGUGUUGGUUCACAGCCCUGAGAACAAGGUCCAGUUACAAGGGCUCCAAGCUGUUUUCCCAGAGUAUCUGAGGAGCCGAUUUGUCCAGGCUGCCCUGGGCUAUAUCGGCUGCAAUGCUGAGGGCCAGUUUGUGUGCCGGGACAACGACUGCUGGUGCCAGUGCAGCAAGGAGUAUCCACAGUGCAACUGCCCCCACGCUGACAUCCGCGCCCAGGAGAGCUACCUGGAGCACACCAGGGAGACUUGGAGGCAGGCCAACCAGGAGUUUGAGGAGUCAGAUGAGUUCCAGGCUUUUGUGGGCAGACUGCCGACACACUUUGCCCUGAACUCCUCGGCCGUUCACAACUUGUGGAGGACAGAUGUAGCUCUGCUGCAGCGCUAUAGGCAGCUGGAGAGCCACACCAGCCUCCUCCUCAGCAAGGCCCGGCGAAGCGCCAACAGGCUCUUCAGCCUCAGCAGGAGGUGCCGCACACAGCCUAAAAUAGUCCUUCAGAGGGAGAGGUCUCUUGGCUACUGGCUGCAGCAUGUCCUCUCCAUCUUGUACUGUGGCGAGAGCAAGCGCCUGGGCUUUUACUUAGAGGAGACACGGAGCUGCCUCUGUCCGCACGAAUAUGCUUUGUGUCAGGGCAUGAUCCCCUGUGUGGUGGGUGAUGGGCCCCGCUGCGCCUCCUGCUCGGCAGACAAUCGAACACGCUGCUCCAGCUGCAACGCUGGUUUUACAUUGAGCCACGGAAUGUGCAGGCACGCUGUGCCCGACCCCACAGACCACUACCUGGGCUUCGAGACAGAUCUGCAGGACCUGGAGCUGCGCUACUUGCUGCAGCGUCGAGAUGGGCGCGUGGUCACACGUGCCACCUUUGUCAGCAGUGACGUGCGCCUCAACACCUGGUUCGACCCCUCCUGGAGAAAAAGGAUGCUCCUGACUCUAAAGAGCAACAAGUUCAAGUCCAGUCGCGUACACAUGCUGCUGGGGGUCUCUCUACAAAUCUGCAUGACCAAGAACUCCACUCUGGAGCCGGCACUGUCUGUCUACGUCAAUCCUUUCGGCGGGAGCCACUCAGAGAGCUGGACCAUGCCUAUCAACCAAAACAGCUACCCUGACUGGGAGAAGACCAAGCUAGACAUUCCUUUGGACUGCUAUAACUGGACUUUGACGUUAGGAAAUCGCUGGAAGAGCUUCUUCGAGACGGUUCACUUCUACCUGAGGAGUCGCAUUCGGACCGACUUCGCUCAGGGGAACGAAACAGCCUAUUUCGAGCCCAUGGAGGUCACGGAUUCUUCGCAGAAUUUCGGCUACAUGAAAAUCAACAGCAUACAGCUCUUUGGUUACAGCAUGCACUUUGACCCAGAAGCCAUUCAGGACUUGAUCCUGCAGCUGGACUAUCCAUACACUCAGGGAUCUCAGGACUCUGCCCUGCUGCAGCUUAUGGAGAUCCGAUACAGAGUCAACAGAUUGUCUCCUCCUGGACCACUGCCACUGGACCUGUUCUCUUGCUUACUCCGACACCGACUCAAACUCUCCAGCUCUGAGGUACUGAGAAUUCUCGCAGCACUGCAGGCUUUUAGUGCCAGACAGCCGUACUAUAUGGAGUACGAGGCAACAAAACUUUGUAGUUAAUAAGCGACGGUCGGAUCCAAUUUAUUUUUGCCAUUGAUGUUUCAUUUUACUGAGGGGAAAAUUCAAUUUCACCCACAGUCUAAAGUACGUUUUUAUGGCGAGGCUCAUUGUUGUUGGUGUUUGAUAUAAACUGCUUUACUGUUCAUAGAACGCAAUAUAUAUUUGAUGUUGAAUCAAAUGGUAGUUCAGAUGAAAAAGGAAAAGUUUUAGCAGUUUCAUGAACCUUGCCAAGUUUGAAUUAAAUAA